UAGUAAGGUAAAUCAAUUAGAUUUUUAUGACAGUGUAGCAGUCUACUUAUAUAAAAUGUAUAUAAAUAUCAGCUGUCACUCUCUAUCUCCCAAUAAUAGAUGAUAUUUAAAUGCUUAGUUUUAUGAGCAAAGCUUUAGUUUUAAAUGUGGGGGCAAAACAUAAUGUAUUGCAAUACAAUCAUGAUUAAGAGAAACAAAUUAAUGUUUCUCAAACAGAAUUGAACAACAGGUUUGAUGAUGCUGAUAUUAGAGAUCUUAGACAUUAGUGUAUGAAAUAUGAUACACUAUGCUUUCUCAGUAACGUUACUUUGUACACGUCUGGCCAAAUGACAAGUCAUGUUAGAUAAACUCUGUAUAUUCUUUAUAGGUAAUAUACAUAAAUAUUAAAGUUUACAUGCAGAGCUUUUUGUUUAAAAUUAGUUACUAGAUGAAACAGCUGCAAUUAAAUGGUCUAUUAGAUAACCUACCGGUAACAUAAUUCAAGUAGAAUGAAAGACAUGGCAGAAACAAAACUGUGACUUACUUAUUUUAGAAUUUACACUUUAAUAUUAGAGCAUUGUAUCCCCAUUUACCCCUCCACGGGUUUACAUUUGGUGAAUCUGUCUCCCCCUCCUGUCUCUGUUUCUUUCCUCUAUUAUUUUCCACUCAGUUUCUCGUGGUUUAAAAUGGCGGCGUUGAGCAGCGCCGAGUCCCCACCGCCCGUCUUCAACGGAGACAGCAUGAACCGCGAUCCGGAGCGGGACCCGGGACUAGACGAGCUGGGCGCGGGGCUCGAAUCCGCCUGUCCCGGAGGAGCGGCAAACCCCGAAUGUCAACAGGACAUUCCCGAGGAGAUAUGGAACAUCAAACAGAUGAUUAAGUUAACGCAGGAGCACCUAGAAGCCCUUUUAGAUAAGUUUGGAGGAGAACACAAUCCGCCAUCUAUAUACCUGGAGGCCUAUGAGGAGUACACUAGUAAGCUGGAUGCAUUACAGCAACGGGAACAGCAGCUUUUGGAGGCCAUUGGAAACGGAACAGAGUUCUGCUCCUCGCCGACACCCACCCUGCUGGAUGUGAAGGGACCGGGUGCCCAAAGUGCUCCCAUUGCCCCAAACACCUUGGCUGUCCUGCAGACCCCCACUGACGCAACACGAGGGAAUCCCCGUUCCCCCCAGAAACCCAUCGUAAGGGUUUUCCUGCCCAACAAACAGAGGACGGUGGUUCCAGCUCGUUGUGGGAUGACUGUGAGAGACUCCUUAAAGAAGGCUCUGAUGAUGCGAGGCCUGAUCCCAGAAUGCUGUGCGGUCUACAGAGUUCAGGAUGGGGAGAAAAAGCCUAUUGGCUGGGACACAGACAUUUCCUGGUUGACGGGGGAGGAGCUCCAUGUUGAGGUUUUAGAGAAUGUGCCACUGACGACCCAUAAUUUUGUGCGAAAGACCUUCUUCACGCUGGCAUUCUGUGACUUUUGCCGGAAGUUGUUGUUUCAAGGCUUCCGCUGCCAGACGUGCGGCUACAAGUUCCACCAGCGCUGCAGCACAGAGGUCCCGCUCAUGUGUGUCAACUAUGAUCAGCUGGAUUUACUGCUGGCAUCAAAAUUUCUGGUGCACCACCCUAUUACCCAGGAGGAGGCGUCAUCAGAGGGCACGACACCCAUUUCAGAGAUGUGCCCCUCCCUCCCUCCAUCCGAGUCCACUGGGUCUCUGUGCCAUCCUACUGUGUCCCCGUCCAAAUCCAUCCCUAUCCCACAAACCUUCAGACCUGGAGAGGAGGACCACCGCAACCAGUUUGGCCAGAGGGAUCGCUCUUCCUCGGCCCCUAACGUCCAUAUCAACACCAUCGAGCCGGUCAACAUUGACGAUUUGAUCCGUGAUCAAGGCUUACCGAGGUCAGAUGGAGCCCCCUCGCAACACCCAGCCCGCUGCUUGAGGAAGAACCGAACACGGACCUCAAGCCCCCUUCUGUCCUCCCACCCCAAUGACAUUGUCUUUGAUUUUGAGCCUGAGCCAGUGUUCAGAGGCUCCACAACAGGCCUGUCGGCCACACCUCCUGCCUCCCUGCCUGGUUCCCUGCCCAAUGUGAAGGUGUCUAAAUCACCGUGCCAACCAAGGGAGCGGAAGCCAUCGUCUUCAUCUGAGGACCGCAAUAAAAUGAAAACUCUGGGUCGACGGGACUCGAGCGAUGAUUGGGAGAUCCCAGAAGGUCAGAUCACCCUAGGCCAGCGGAUAGGAUCUGGCUCCUUUGGAACAGUCUACAAGGGGAAGUGGCACGGUGAUGUGGCGGUAAAGAUGUUGAAUGUCACAGCCCCCACUCCACAGCAGCUACAGGCCUUUAAAAAUGAAGUGGGUGUCCUCAGGAAAACCCGCCAUGUGAAUAUCCUGCUCUUCAUGGGCUACACCACCAAACCCCAGCUGGCUAUAGUUACACAGUGGUGUGAAGGCUCGAGUCUCUACCAUCACCUGCACAUCAUCGAGACCAAGUUUGAGAUGAUCAAGCUGAUUGACAUUGCCCGUCAGACAGCCCAGGGCAUGGACUAUCUGCACGCCAAGUCCAUCAUCCAUAGAGAUCUGAAGAGUAACAAUAUCUUUUUGCAUGAGGAUCUAACGGUAAAGAUCGGUGAUUUCGGUCUGGCUACAGUGAAGUCCCGCUGGAGUGGCUCGCACCAGUUUGAGCAGCUUUCUGGCUCUAUCUUGUGGAUGGCUCCAGAGGUGAUCAGACUGCAGGAUAAAAACCCAUACAGUUUCCAGUCGGAUGUCUACGCGUUCGGCAUUGUGCUCUAUGAGCUCAUGUCAGGGGCUCUGCCUUAUUCCAACAUCAACAACAGAGACCAGAUUAUCUUUAUGGUUGGCCGGGGUUACCUUUCCCCUGACCUGAGCAAAGUGCGCAGUAAUUGCCCGAAGGCCAUGAAAAGACUUAUGGCAGAUUGUUUGAAGAAAAAGCGAGAAGAGAGACCUCUUUUCCCUCAGAUCCUGGCCUCCAUUGAGUUAUUGGCACGCUCUCUGCCCAAGAUCCACCGCAGCGCUUCUGAACCGUCCCUUAACCGCGCUGGCUUUCAGACGGAGGACUUCAGCCUGUACGCCUGCGCUUCCCCCAAGACGCCCAUUCAGGCUGGUGGCUAUGGUGAAUUCUCAGCGUUUAAAUAGUGCUGCAAAUCCUAAAACUCCAUCCCUUGUCAGUUUUUACGACGUCUUGUGUUCCUACGGUGGGUUCAUCCAUAACACAGAAAAGGACUAGUUUUCAAAGAAUGUGCUGUUUUUCUUCCUCUUUACCCGAAGAGCUACGGCCUCAAUGGAAUUGCUUUAAAAUAAAAAGAUCUCUGCAGGGUGUCAUUGCUGAAUUUACAAAAAUGUCAUAAACAUCACAUAGGACAACUCGAUAAUGCAGCGAACAAAAAAUGACUGACGCGAUAAACCGAUGCCUGGUCACUGGAAAGAAAAAGGCAUAGAUUGUGGAGGGGGAUAAAAAAAAUUUCCCCAAGAAGAAAGAUGAAUGGGGUUGGGAUGAAUGAUAUUGGAGCACAAGCCCCGCCUUCGCUCCGCCCCAGGAGGGGAAGAACACACAGCACUGUCCAAUCAGAAAACAGGGUCCAUAUUUGGACCAGUGGCAUGGAAUGACGGAAAAAUUGGCAUAAGAGCAAGGACGUCAAGUCGCAGUCGUGGAGAGGUGCUGGAUAUCAGGAGAUAACUUGAACGAUAUUUAGAAAUGUUUCUUUCUCUUGCAACGAGUUUGUUACGUAACAUUGCCUGUGGCUGGAGUUGCUAAUAAUACCUUUUUUUUUCUUUUUCUUUUUUCCCAGGGUCAUAUGUUGUAGAUAAACAGACCCUUGUAUUUAUUUUUUAUUUUUUUUACAGGCAGUUUGUGAGCAGGGGUAAAUGAAGCAACCAUUGAAAAGACCUCUUCUUUUUUUUUUUUUUUAAAUAUAUUCUUUGCUUUUAAUUUUUCGUCAAGGCAAACUCUAGUAUCUUUAAUUUUACAUUUCACAUCCCCAUGAAUGCCCCACACAAAGGAUUGGCACAAAUUCCAUCAGACAUUUCCGAGGUGGGCAAAAUCAAAGUGGAUUCUAGAGAAUGUGAUUCAGUUUUAUUUUAUUUUGCCGACUUAUAGUAGCUGACGUCAUGUUUCGGAAUAAGUCAAAGGUCAUAUUUGAAGUUUCUUGUAGAAAAAACCCACUGUAUAAAGCAAACAUGAAGCCUUGCUAUGGAGUUCAGAUGUGGGCGUAUUUCAGAUGUAUUUCUGUACUUUUCACUACAACUUUAUGCUUAAACUGUUGUUAUUAGAAGCCAUUCCUUUGAGGCCAUAACGGUUAGCUGAUGGUUUUUUUUUUUUUUUUUUUUGAAAUUUGGUCCAUCCACAAGUCAUGUGAUUCUUUGGACCUGGCACCGCUGGAUUCAUUCCGAUAUGUUUGUUCACGGGUCAUAGCUUUUUUUUUUUUUUUUUAAGUUUUCAUAUAGUUUUUCUUGUGUUAUAGACAGGCAGGCCUGCAAAGUUACAUUAAUUUAUAUUGCUUUAAUUUUAUUACUUUUUGUUCAGUGAUGUUUCAAACUCUU